UGUCAACCUGUUGGAGCGGUAGGCAAACUGGUGUGGAGUCGAGGGUGAUAGUGGCUUUGAUGGGGUCAGGGGCUGGCUUAUCACAUCGCUCCCAGUCAGUGUCCUCAAUCCUUGGACAACAAAUCUCGGCCAAUUAGAAACCCAGGCUCACUGGGAAAGGGAGGCAUGUAGUGAUCAUUCUGUUUGGGACACAUUUGCGUCUUCUGUGAGUUUGGAGGCUGUUCAACUCAUCUUUCGCUCUUCCUGUGGGAAGGUGGUGGGCCAUUCAUGUGGAUUAGUACCUGACAGAUUGCAAUCCAUCCACCACAGAGACCAAAGGGUGAAGAGGAGCUUUUCACAGGCCAUCUGGCUCCGGCUAAGGGGCCGUCGUGAGGAGCUUUGGUGCAGUACGGCUCAAGCGAGUUUACAGUACAAUCUGCCAAAGUGGUUCGCCGUGUGCCUGCCUGCAUGCUUGGAACUGAAGGAAUGUGUAUCUUGCUCCAAGCUGAGUUUCUUGUGGAAGGGAUGUGAUGACAAAUAUAGCUCCCAGGACUCCGGACCAGGUCUGAAGUUUUUUCUUGGAAGAAUAAUAUUUCACUUGUUUACAUGGAGCACCCAAGGAAAGGAUUUUGGCAGAUGGAGUGUUCCCAUGGAAAAUUAUUGUUCUCUGUAUUGUACUCUUUAACCAUGCUGAUGAGAGUAAAGUGCGUGUUAUUCUUUGAGUUUUAUGCUCUGUCAACCCACACCAGGAGCAGAAAGGCUUCAUGUGUGCUCCAUUUCACAAAUGUAUAUGAGUGAGCUCGUGACCAGCUGUGUUCUGUGAGCUCAGGUGAGGUCUCACCAUGACAUCUGGGGACGAAGUCCGCAGCUUCACGGACGUGAUGCUGCACCCCCCUCCCCCAACGCUGCCGGCCGCCAACGUCUCGAAGACGCCCAGCCAGAAGCGCAAGCAGCUGAAAUGGCAGAACGCCGUGCGCAACAUCAUGGAGCAGCGUGAGCAGGGCCAGACGAGCCCGGACAUGCUGACCACGCACAAGAUCAUCGUCACCGACGCAUACAUCGAAGACAUCAACCGGCAGAUCCGCAACAAGCUGGCGCGAGGCGGCGGCGCCUACAAGCGCCGCUCUUCGGCCGCCCGUGUCCACCCUGCACGCAGCUCCACGAGCACGCAAAACAGCAUGGAUGGCGCGGGCGGCGACGCAGACUUCUUUGUCAGCUGGGGCUCGACUGUGCGCGGCGUCUUCCUGCCCGUGCUCCACCACACUUUCAAGUCACAGGACCUGGAGAAGCUCUACCAGGAGUACUCCUCGGACCAGCGCCGCACCUCGCUGGUGGUCACCAACCUCAUCGACAUCAUCACCAAGCUCCACAUCAUCAUCAUCUACCUGGCCGUGGCGCCGGAGAUGGUGGACUCGCUUCACGGCUGGCUGGCAGGCCUCUUCAUGGCCUUGGGCGCUGGGCUCUGCAUCAUGGUGCUCAUCUGCAAGGGCAACAUUUCGCCAGCGUACCUGCGCUACGCGGGGUUGGCCAGCUGGCUGUCCCAAACGGUGCAGGUGCUGGGGGGGCUGGUGUACGGCCUGGAGAAGGACCAGUCGUGGUACGUGCUCUUCAUCCUGUUUGCCACCUACACGCUGCUCCCACUGCCCCUGCUCUGGUCCAUAUGCACCGGGUGCCUCACCUCAACCCUCCACCUCCUGGUAGAGACCAUACAGAACUAUAACGACGUCGCCAUCGUAAGGAAGGUGAUGUCAAAGGGACUGCUGUACAUGGGCAUGAACACAGCAGGCCUGUUCAUCCACUACCUCUCAGACCGUGCCCAACGCCAAGCCUUCCUGGAGACCCGCCGCUGCAUCGAGGGCCGGGUCAAGCUGGAGAAGGAGAACCACAGACAGGAGCGUUUGGUCAUGUCCAUCCUGCCUCGCUUCGUUGCCUUGGAGAUGAUCGCUGACAUUAGCACCAUGGAAGAUGACCUGCUGUCUCAGCAGUUCCAUAAGAUCUACAUCCACCACUACACGGACGUCAGUAUCCUGUUUGCUGACAUACAGGGGUUUACCACAAUGUCAAUGACCAUGUCUGCCCAGGACUUGGUGCGGACACUCAACGAGCUGUUCGGCCGUUUCGAUCAUCUUGCAGAGGAGCAUCACUGCCUGAGGAUAAAGAUCCUGGGGGACUGCUACUACUGUGUGUCGGGGGUCCCUGAACCCCAGCGGGCCCAUGCUCGUUGCUGUGUGGAGAUGGGCCUUGCCAUGAUCAACACCAUCAGGUAUGUGCGUAGAGAGCUGAAGCACAACGUGGACAUGCGCAUCGGCAUCCACUCGGGCUCCGUGCUCUGUGGAGUCCUGGGCCUCCAGAAGUGGCAGUUUGAUGUGUGGUCCUGGGACGUGGAUGUGGCCAACAUGCUGGAGGCAGGGGGCAUACCCGGGAGGAUCCACAUCUCACAGGCCACCCUCGACUGUCUGGAUGGAGUCUACGAGACAGAGGAAGGGCAUGGCUAUGAGCGCAAUGAGUUUCUGCGUAAGCACAAGAUUGACACCUUCCUCAUCUGCCAAACACCAAAGGAAAACAUUUCGCCCCCCAAAGUCCGCCGCCCCAGCCGAGAGGACACUUCCUGGAGCGCUGAGCUGCCCUUUGACAACAUCAUCGGCAUGAACUGCAUCUUGGCAACGUUCACUAAUGGCUCGUUGGUGCAGCUGCCCAGUCAGAUCACAGCAGGGAACUCUGGCUCACGGGAGAUCAACAAGCGCAUCAUGCGAGCCAUCGAGGUGCGCAGCAGCGAGCUGAUGAGGAAGGAGCACAUCACGCCCUUCACCCUGGUCUUUAAAGAUGGACACAUCGAGGACAAGUUUUCCCAUAUGAGGGAUGAGAUGUUCAAGUCCAACCUGGUCUGUUCCUUCAUGCUGGUGCUCUUCAUCAUGGCCGUGCAGGUCCUCAUCCCAGGCCCUCACAUCUGUCCCAUGAUAGUGCAGUUCUCUCUGUUCCUUCUGGUGUACGCACUGCUUCUGCUGGUGACGCUGGCUGAGGAGUUCAAGUUCUCCCCUGCCGCCCUGCAGUACCUGUGCUGCUGGGUCCAGGAGACCAAAAGCGUCCGCAAUGUCCUCACCCUCACCGCCAUCGCCAUCAACUUUGGGGUGGCAUCCUCAGACAUCCUUUGGUGCAACACCGUGGAGUCAGAGGGUGAGGAGACGCCGGCCGAUGGGCCAGUAAACAUCUGCACACACCCCGAGUUCUUUGUGCUGAGCGGGGUGCUUGCCAUGGUAACAUGCGCUGUGUUUUUACGGCUAAGCUGCCUGUUAAAGUUAGUGGUGCUGCUGAUGGUGAUCGCUGUCUACACAUACUUCAUUGAAGUGACACUGCACGUCCUCUUCAUCCGCCAACACCACAACGGCCAGCUCCAAAGGUCCCACUACCUCAGAAGACAGGGGAUUUCAGUGUUGCUGAUGACCAUGUUUGUCAUUGCUGUACUCUAUAAUAGUCGAAAGCUGGAGACGACAGCACGGCUGGACUUCCUGUGGCGUCUGCAGGCUCGACAGGAAGUGCAGGACAUGAAGGAGCAGCGGGAGCACAACGAGUGUCUGCUGUACAACAUCCUGCCCACACACGUGGCACAGCACUUCCUGGCUAGGGAGCGCCACAAUGAGGACCUGUACUCCCAGUCCUAUGAGAGGGUCGGGGUGAUGUUUGCCUCUAUCCCAGGGUUCACCGACUACUACGAACAGAAGGAGCUCAACAACCAAGACAUAGAGUGCCUGAGGCUCCUUAACGAAAUCAUAGCUGACUUUGAUGAGUUACUUGAUGAGUCUUACUUUCAAGACAUUGAAAAAAUCAAGACUAUUGGCAGCUGUUACAUGGCUGCUUCUGGGUUGUCCCCCGAUAGGCCGGCCAGUACAGAUGAAUGGGCACACCUAAGUGAACUAGUUCUUUUCGCUCUAGCCAUGCAAGAGACGCUGAAAGAGAUCAACAAAAUCACCACCAACAACUUCCAGCUUCGAAUUGGGAUGGCACAUGGCCCAGUUGUGGCAGGGGUUAUUGGUGCCACCAAGCCCCAGUAUGACAUCUGGGGGAUGACCGUGAACCUGGCCAGCCGGAUGGACAGCACUGGGGUCAGUGGCCGCAUCCAGGUCCCAGAGGGCACCAGCAAGCUCCUGGUGGACCGCGGCUUCAAGCGUGAGUUCCGCGGUAACAUCUACGUGAAGGGUGUGAGUGAGCGGCACGGCGCUGUCUGCACCUACUUCAUCAGUAGCCGGGAGCAAAGAUCCAGCUAUGCUGAGCGCCUGACCAACCGAGCAGGCCUGCAUGGGCGCAACACACUGUCCGGAGUGGUGUUCACCCUGGUGCAGGCACGCAAGAAGGAGAAGCUGAGAGAGGCCAACGGAGGCUUCCAUCUGCUGGACGUCUCCUAGUGUUUGAUCUCUGGGGCCAAGGCAAGCCGGGCCCCUCAUGCAAGAGCCACAGUUGACUGUUGACCAAAAUACCUCCACAAUGGAUCCGCUGAGUGAGAUUUCAGUGAUCAGCUGACCACAUGUCCUCAACUUUGACCUCACUGUAAACACAGAGCUCCGUAAAAACGUAAUCAAGACUGAUCAUAAAAAAAAUUGUGAAGGGAAGUGUCAGUCAGUAUUCAGUAAUCUGCUAUGAUACCCAGGUAGCCUACCUUAUUAUGUACACACAAGUGUACAGAUGAGGAAUUUCAUUUCCCAAAAACUUUAUUUAUAAUCAUAGGCUAGGUAUAGGACUUUUUACUGUGACCAGCAUACUGGCAUGCCAUAUACUCUAGUGCCCUUCCUGGAUUAGACUAUUUAUGCACUAUUUUUAUAUCAUGUUUUUGUAAGAAUUCUUUCAACAGCGUACAUUUUCCUCACAUUUUUCUCAAAAAUAAUUAUCAU